AGAGGCGGCCCUGCGGGCUUGCCGUACACCGCUUCCGGGACGCGCCCGGGGCUACUCCGCUGCAGAAGGUUUGUGCGGUUCUGCGCCGGCUCGCUGAGGAGCUCGGCUGAGGAGCGGACGUAGCGGGCGGCGACUCGGUGGGACCGCAGCGCGCUGCAGCAGCUCCCGCCCUGGCCAGGGUCCAGGAGGGGCCAAUGAGACGUCUGCAGCUGCUGGAGGAGUUAGGAGUGAGGCCGCGCGUUGCCUGAAGGCCUUAGGCGGGUUUUGCGCAUGCUCAUAUAAAGCUCUCCUAACCGAUCUUCCGAAGAAAAUUUCACGUGUUUCGGGGUCAGAGACUGAGUUUAGCUUUACUGAGGAGCUCUAACUUUAGGCGGGUAUGAGUGAUUUCAGUGAAGAAUUAAAAGGGCCUGUAACAGAUGAUGAACAAGUGGAAACAUCUGUGCUCUCUGGUGCAGGAAUGCAUUUUCCUUGGCUUCAAACCUACAUAGAAACUGUGGCCAUUGGAGGGAAAAGGAAGAAGGAUUUUGCUCAGACAACAAGUGCUUGUUUGAGUUUUAUCCAAGAAGCUCUGCUGAAGCACCAGUGGCAGCAAGCUGCAGAAUACAUGCACAGUUAUUUUCAGACCUUGGAAGAUUCAGAUAGCUACAAAAGGCAGGCUGCACCUGAGAUUAUUUGGAAGCUCGGAAGUGAAAUUCUAUUUUAUCAUCCAAAAAGCAAUGUGGAGACUUUCAAUACUUUUGCUGACCGGAUGAAAAAUAUUGGCAUCAUGAAUUAUUUAAAGAUCUCCUUACAACACGCAUUAUAUCUUCUGCAUCAUGGAAUGCUUGAAGAUGCUAAGAGAAAGCUGAGUGAGGCAGAGACAUGGAGACAUGGUGAAAAGACAUCUUCCCGGGAAAUAUUAAUCAACCUUAUUCAGGCCUAUAAAGGGCUUUUGCAGUAUUAUACCUGGUCUAAAAAAAAGAGGGAAUUGUCAAAGCUUGAUAAGGAUGAUUAUGCUUACAGCGCAGUAGCCCAAGAUGUGUUCAACCACAGCUGGAAGACGUCUGUAAAUAUUUCUGCAUUGAUUAAAAUUCCUGGAGUUUGGGACCCUUUUGUGAAGAGUUAUGUAGAAAUGCUGGAAUUCUAUGGGGAUCGAGAUGGAGCCCAAGAAGUACUCACCAAUUAUGCAUAUGAUGAAAAGUUUCCAUCAAAUCCAAAUGCCCACAUCUACUUAUACAACUUUCUAAAGAGACAGAAGGCACCAAGAUCAAAAUUGAUAAGUGUGCUUAAGAUUUUGUAUCAGAUUGUGCCAUCUCAUAAAUUGAUGUUAGAAUUCCAUACAUUACUUAGAAAAUCAGAAAAGGAAGAACACCAUAAACUGGGGUUGGAGGUAUUAUUUGGAGUCUUAGAUUUUGCCGGAUGUACUAAGAAUAUAACUGCUUGGAAAUACUUGGCAAAAUAUGUGAAGAAGACCUUAAUGGGAAACCACCUUGUGUGGGUUCAAGAAGAGUGGAAAUCCAGGAAAAACUGGUGGCCAAGCUUUCAUUUCAGCUACUUUUGGGCAAAAAGCGAUUGGAAGGAAGACACAGCUUUGGCCUGUGAGAAAGCCUUUGUGGCUGGAUUACUGUUAGGAAAAGGUUGUAGAUAUUUUCGGUAUAUUUUAAAGCAAGAUCACCAAAUCUUAGGGAAGAAAAUUAAGCGGAUGAAGAGAUCAGUGAAGAAAUACAGUAUUGUAAAUCCAAGACUCUGAUGCUGGAUUUUAGUUUUUUCACAGUAGUAGCUACACAGUAAGCAGCUCAGUAGUUACUGAAUGUAUUUAUGUAGUGUAUUAAGAAGCUUAUAUGAGUCUAAAAAACUUAUUUUUAUAUAUUUUAAUUUAUUUAUAGCUAGAGAAACAAUAUUACUGCCUUUGCUCUUUGUAAAUAUGUCUGUUUUCUUUUUUGUAAUAUUAAAUGUUACAUUUGUUAAGGAAUAAUUCUUGAAAUUCAAAAAUAUUUAGAGAAUAUAGCUCUACAGCAGUUAUUGUUUGCAAAUAAUUUUCCUCUGGCUAUUGUGUAAUAAAAUACAACUUGUGGUACUGUAAAAUAAAUUGGCAUUCUUUUUAUUCUAAUUAAUCCAUUUUAGGUAUACCACCAUGAAGAACUAUAUUGGUGAUGAGUUCUGUUGAGGAAUUUUGAAAAGAGAGAAGGAUUUAGAAAAAUACUUUUUCUCUUUCAGUAUAAAGACUUGACAGUUUGGGGCAAAAUAUCCUCCUGCUAGAGAGAGACCUUUGACUCUAGAGGACUAGUUUGGGUCACAGCAGUGUAGAAGUCUGGCUUUUUUCAGCUGGCACUGGCCUAACUUUAAAGGGCUCUUGGCUUUUUUGGUGCCUGGCGCAGCAGUCUAAGACAUGCUUAGAACUCACGUGUCCCCUCUCCUUUUUCUCUUUUUUAGCCAAAAGCUAUAAAAUAGGAUUAUGAUUUAUCUUGAUCUCUAAGAAAAUGGAGGUGAGGAUAAAAGAAAUGAGUAGAUAUGAUUAUUGGUUUUCAUACAAAACUGUCUCUUAAAAUGUUUACAUCAGGCCAGGCACAGUGGCUCACCCCUGUAAUCCCAGCACUUUGGGAGGCCGAGGCAGGUGGAUCACAAGGUCGAGAUCGAGACCAUCCUGGUCAACAUGGUGAAACCCCGUCUCUACUAAAAAUACAAAAAAUUAGCUGGGCAUGGUGGCGCAUGCCUGUAAUCCCAGCUACUCAGGAGGCUGGGGCAGAAUUGCCUGAACCCAGGGGGCGGAGGUUGCGGUGAGCCGAGAUCGCGCCAUUGCACUGCAGCCUGGGUAACAAGAGCAAAACUCCCAUCUCAAAAAAAAAAAAAGUGUACAUCAGAACAAUUAGGUAAGAACAGUUAGAUGUUCUUAUCUAAUUGUUCAGUAAGAGUAGUGCAGUUCACCUGUGAAACUUUUUUUAGGUCCAUUGAUGUUUAAGCUGCUUCUAUGAAUAAUGGUAAUAGCUAAAAUUUAUCAAGCACUUUGGGUUUUACCUUGGAUCAUAUAACCACUACAAUUCUAUGAAUUAUUCCUAUUUUACCAAUAAAGAAAAUGAAGUCUGAAGAUGAAGUAACUUGCCAAGGUCACAGUUUGUAGGUGUUGGCACCAGGAUCCUAACCCAAUCAGUGUGGUUCCAAAGAUCACACUCUCACGUAGUAGCUGUAUGACCUCCCAGUGCAGUCGGUGUUGACUACGUGCAGAGCACUGAGCGAAGUAGAGUGAGGCAAAACAGCAGUAGCCAGGUCUGCUCAUUUCUGCUUGCCAGCAUCGUUUCACAAAGCCCCUGACCCUGUGAUGACAUGCAACUCUCUGGAAAGAUGCCUUAAAAACAAAACAGCCUAGAGCACAGGGCACCCCCAUGCCUCUUGCCUGAGUCACCACAUUCCUUAAAAGUUAAAUGACCCCAGUCCUUGCCUUUUCCUACACACAAGAUAAUAUCUGAUGGGAUUAGUGAUUAUGCUUCUGUAAUCCAUAACCACAGAUGUACUCUUAACCCCCAAACCUUGAUGAGAUUCUGUUUGAAUGCAGCUUUUGAGCAAGCUUGAUGCGAUUUUGCACUGUAGGGAACUCCGCCACCUGUAUAGAAGCAGUGAGCUGAAAUACUGUGCUGGAACAGUCUCACGGGACUGCUUGCUUAUGUGGUUACCACUUACAGCCAUUCCUCAUGACUACUUUAAGACAGUAGCAAUAACUAAAGAUAAUUUAAAGUCUUGUUUUCUCAUUGAAACCUCUGUAUAUAUUUAAAAUGUACAACUUGAUAUUUGAUAUACAUUGUGAAAUGAUCGCUACAAUCAAGGUACUUAAUAUCUUCAUUACCUCUACAUAAUUACCAUUGUGUGUGUGUUGUGUAUGUAUGUGUGAUGAAAAGAUUUAAGAUCUGUCUUUAACAAAUGACACGUAUGUAAUAUAAUACUGAACUGUCAUCACCAUGCUGGACAUUGGAUCUCCAGAAAUCAUUUAUCUCGUAUAACUGAAACUUUGUAUCAUUCGACCAAUAUCAGUCUAUUUCCCCUUUCCCUCAGCCCCCGGCAACAUCUUACCCUCUGCUUCUGUGAAUUUGGCUCUUAAAUUUUACAUACAAGUGAGAUCAUGCAAUAUUUCUCUUUCUGUGUCUUACUUACUUUAAUUUUGCUUAGCAUAAUGUCCUCCAUGUUGAGAAUGACAGGAUUUCUUCUUUAAGGCUAAGUAAUAUUUAAUCGUAUUUUUUUAUAUGCCACAUAUUUCUUCAUCUGUCAAAGGCCAUUUAGGUUGUUUCAGUUGUUACGAGUGAUGCUGCAAUGAACAUAGGUGUGCUGAUAUCUCUUUAUAAUCUUGAUUUCAGUUCCUUUGGGUGUAUAUCCAGAUAUUUCUGUUUUCAAUUUUUUGGCGGGAACCUCCAUAUUGUUUUCUAUAUUUACAUCCCCACCAGCAGCGUACAAGUGCUUUCUCUUCAUCCUCACAAUACUUAUCUUUGACCUCUGGUACUAUUCAUCCUACCAGGUGUGAGGCUGUAUCUCCUGGUUUGAUUAGCGUUUCCCUGGUGAUUCGAGCUGUUGAGCACUUAUUCAUAUACCUGUUAGCUAUUCAAAUUUCUUUUGAGAAGUGUCUAUUUAGUUGCUUUGGCCAUUUUUAAAAUGGAAUUAUAUUUUUGGUGUUGAGUUGUAUGAGUUCUUUGUGUAUUUUGUAUUAGCCCCUUAGCUGAUCAAUUAUAUGGAAUGUGAAUUACAUCUGUAAAGCUGUUACACCCCAUUCCCAUCCCACCUCCCCUCAUAAAAAGAAAGAAAAGCAUGUUCUGUGGA